CUAAUUCGUCGUGUCACAAGCAAAAUAAAAACAAAGCAAAAUAAAGGUAAAUAACAAUAAUUAUGUCCGACGAUGAAGAGGAUUACAUGUCCGACAAGUUCCUGGCGGGCAUGCAGGAUGUGCGCCCCAGUUUGGUGCAAGAUCGCGGGAAAAAACGCGCCAUCAAAGUCCAAACCAAGCGGCAGGAACACCAAAAGCGGCAGCGCGAGGCUGCUGCCGCCACGUCCAAUGUGAACAAUGAACGGCUGCAGCAGAAUCUCAACAAGCCGCUGGCUGCGGACAACAAGGGAUUCCAGUUGCUGGCCAAAAUGGGCUACAAGGCAGGCAGUGGUCUGGGCAAACAGGCGGAUGCACGCAUCGAACCCAUUGGAAUAACCAUAAAAAACGAUCGUGGUGGCUUGGGAAGAGAGGCAGCCAUUGCGGAGCUAACUGCAAAGCGACAGGAACUACGAAGAGCUCAUCUGCUGCACAGGGCAGGCAUUGAAUCGAGCGAGGAGGUCAGCACAGAGGCGUACAGAAAGAGAGCCAUGCAAAAGGCAGAGGAACGCAAGCUUCAGUACGAUAUAAGGCGAUGCCAGCAGACAUGUGAAUCCCUGGAUGUUGCCGCGAAUGUGCAAGAACCUGAUCUAGAGUUCUUCUGGCCUCCCAAACCAAAGGAGGAAGAGGAAAGCGACAGUGAAGCAGAGCAAGACAAGCCCGAAGCCGAAGAGGAGCUCCCAAAGGAGGAGCAGUACAGUGCCUUCGAGCAGCUGGAACUGCUUACAGGCUACCUUCGCACAGCCUACACCUUUUGCUACUGGUGUGGAACACGCUACGACAGCAUCGAAGAUCUGGAUACCAACUGUCCAGGCCUCACCCGCGACGAUCAUUAAAUUAGAAUUAUUAGAAUCAUUAAACAAACAUAUAAGUUCACAAAAUUUCUGCACGUUUACAAGUAAUUUACAAUAAUACGUAGUCAAAAAACA